AUGUCCGCACCAACUGACGCCACCCCGGCAUCCAAUGUUCUUGGCACCAUUGGCACCGUAUUCUGGUGUAUCCAGCUUGUCCCCCAGAUAUGGUAUAACUGGCGACGGAAAAAGACAGAAGGAUUACCUCCUGCAAUGGGGUUCUUGUGGGCUGUUUGUGCUGUGCCCAUGGGUGUGUAUUUGAUCCUACAGGAAGUCAAUCUCCCGAUGCAAAUCCAGCCGCAGAUAUUCGGGACAUUUUCGGCCAUCAUUUGGGCUCAGAUUUUACAAUAUGAUCACAAUUAUACCACUCGGAAGGCCACAUUGGCGUGUGUCGGGUUAUUAGCAGUUAUGGGUGGGCUCGAAGCCCUACUCAUCUUAACUUUGAGGAUACCAUACAAUAAAGGCAUCACCUGGCCGGAUAUCUUGGUUGGUGCGAUAGCAACAGUGCUUCUCGCCGGCGGCAUGUUACCCAUUUAUUUUGAAUUGGGGAAAAGACAAGGCCGAGUAAUUGGAAUCAAUUGGGUCUUCUUGUGCAUCGACACACUGGGAGGACUGUUCUCAAUCUUUGCGCUUGUGGCACAAGGGUCGUUUGAUAUCCUUGGCGGGGUUAUGUAUAUUGUUGUCGUGGUACUCGAGCUGGGAAUCUACCUCAGCCACAUCAUAUGGCGCAUCCGAUUCCGGGAGGCCCGGAAAGAAGCCAAACAUUCGAGUAGAAGUGUCGAGGAUAUUCUCCAAAUGUCUAAUCCCGCGUGA